UGCUUGGGUAAGCAGCAGUCCAUCCACGGUGACGCUGACGCAUACACAGUGCCCGCACAACGUGUUCCCGCUCAACAACGUGGUCCCCGAUGACCGUCGCUUCGCUUCUCCGGAGAGCUGCUCCUGAUCGCGCGCAGUCGAAAUCGCGAGUCGCCGCGGGAAAUGUCGCGAUCGCAUUCGCGCAGUGUCUCUUCGAUAAAAGAAUAAAAUACUAAUUUUAAGACAGAUUGCGAAUCAAAACUGCAAAAAAUAUUGUGACCGUCCUCUCGGCGAAUAUUAUUUAUUUUAAAAUAACAACUUCAAGCUUCGAUAUAGUAAUUAAUCGGAGUAAGUGAGCUCUCGUGAAUGAUAGAAUUAAAUGAGUCGCACGGUCAGCGAAAUUCGAUAGCUUUUUUGAAAGGAAUUGUGUUAAGUGAACUGUGCAGAAAUCAGCGAAUUUUGCGAAGUUAAAUUUUGAUGAACAAGAAAACGAGAUACUGAGAGAAGAAGAAACGAAAAAGAAGAUAACUCAUAAUCAAGUUUCAACUAAAGUGCCAAUGAAGACUCAUAUUUGUUGAGCGAUACAAGUUUGUGCUUAUCAAUUAAACGAUCAAUGAGAAUUGUCGCAUUGUCCGAGACAACUGUUGAAUAAUUCUCAGUCCGAUACAUUGUAAACAACUUCAAUCGUUUCUCGCAAAGAAGAAGGUCGUCGUUGAAUCGAGCAUUCCCGUCACACACACUCUUCAGUCAGCAAAAGUCAUCAGUUUAUCCUCCCGGCUCUUCUGUAUCCGUUGACAGGCUUAUGGGUGGUCUGAAAUAAGAGGAGUGGACGAACGACCUUCGAGGUCGGUCGAGGCCGGAUGGAAUCGUUGGACCGGAACCUUGACACCUUCAGCAUGGCCGGGAUAAUGGACAACGUGGCUACGUGGAUGCCGCGCGUCACGGACAACACCACAAACAGCAUCGUCGAUGUGGAACUAUCGAGAUUUCCGAAGCCUUUGAGGACUUUCGCAGCGGUAGUGGCCAUCAUCAUCAUGAUUAUUGGUCUGGUUGGCAAUCUACUGACGAUCGUUGCUCUUUGUAAAUAUCCCAAAGUUCGCAACGUUGCGGCAGCUUUUAUCAUAAGUUUAUGUUUCGCGGACUUCGUGUUCUGCCUGCUGGUGCUGCCGUUUGAUUCCAUUCGGUUUGUCAACGCCAGCUGGACGGAUGUACGAUUCUUCUGCAUUUUCGUGCCUUUUUUGAGGUACGGAAACGUCGGCGUCAGUCUUCUGUCUGUCGCAGCUAUUACUAUCAAUAGAUAUAUUAUGAUAGCGCAUCAUGCUAUAUACAGCAAAGUUUAUAAGAAAUACUGGAUCGCCACGAUGAUAGUCUUCUGCUGGUUGUUUUCUUACGGAAUGCAGAUACCAACACUAUUAGGAGUGUGGGGAAAGUUUGACUUCGAUCCUAAUCUGGAGACCUGCUCCAUCGUGAAGGAUCGUUACGGUUACACUUCCAAGACGUUUCUUUUUAUCAUGGGAUUUUUGAUACCCUGCAUGGUGAUCGUCGGCUGCUACGCCAAAAUAUUCUGGGUGGUACACAAAUCUGAAUCGAGGAUGCGAAAGCACGCGGGACCGACGAUAAAGUCGCCGCACACGCCCGGCAGAGACAUCAGAGAGCUAAAGCAAAAGCGCAGCGAGUGGAGGAUCACGAAGAUGGUGCUGGUGAUCUUCCUCAGCUUUCUCGCGUGCUAUCUGCCGAUCACUAUCGUCAAGGUGGCCGACGCGCAGGUCAGAUGUCCCGAGUGUCACGUUCUGGGAUAUCUGCUGUUGUACUUUGCGUCGUGCGUGAACCCGAUCAUCUACGUGAUCAUGAACAAGCAGUACAGGCAGGCGUACGCCGGCGUGAUCGGCUGCACGUGGAUAAGGAUGAGUCUGACACCGUACGGCAGCAGUGCGCCGGGCGGCGUCGGCGGCGGUCAUCAGGGCCACCAUCAGCAGGACCAAGACUAUUCGAAAGAUUUCAGUAAAACGAUGGUAUCGACGGUUUCUAUCGCCAUGAAUCCUGUGCGAGGUGCGCAAUUCCAAGAAGAGCCGUGAAGAACUGUGCCAGAAGCUGACGUCGAAAGAUGGAAGAAAGAACAGAUGUCUUUCUGUUUAUGAAAGGAAAGAAAGGAAAAGAAGAAAAAAAAAAGAACGAAUUAAUCCUCGUAACAGCGUAACUGUGUUAUCGAGCCGGAUUAUAUUUUCUUCAUACUUUAGUAUGAUUGAAUACACACUUUAUAAAUUCUCUUGCUAAAAGCAAGCAAAUUUUAAAUAUGUCGUACGAAUAUUUAAUUUCCGAGACACUCGGAAUAGUCGAGAAGUUACCUUAGCUGCAAACCAGAUUUUUACCAAAGGUUGUCAUAUAUUUGUUGCAUGUUGUAAAUAAAACACAAUAGAUUUA